AUGACAUGGGGCACAUCCGCACCGUCCGUCCUGCUCGACACAUGGUACAACAACAACAUCGCCAACGAAGGCCGUCGAAUGCUCUUGACCAGCAUUGCCGUGCCAGUAUCAAACCUGAUGGGUGUUGUCAGCUCCAAUAUUUUCCGCAAUCAAGAUGCACCAAAGUAUCUGCCUGCUUUAACCACAACAGCCGCCUUUGGGGGAACUGGAUUGUUAUUGACAUUGGCGUUGGGAGCAUGGAUGAUGGUUGAUAAUAGACGGAGGGAUAGGAGGCAGGGGGUUAGUCUUAAGGCACAGGAUAUUCCGACUGAGAGGUUAAGAGAGGGACCUGCAAGUGUGGAUUUCCGGUGGUGUUAUUGA